AUGGAGUCAAGAGACGUUGAUGACAUUUAUCAGUUUGGCAGCUCGGGAUCUGUCACGGGAAGCGGUGGAAAAUCAACAUCACUGCAUUCAAACAACACUAUUGGACGAUCCCAAGGUCAACGCCUUCAAACCGGCAGAUACAACUCAAAUACAAGCAACACCAGCAAUAAUGUAUCUUCUCCUAUCUCCAUACCACCAACUACCGGAAUCGCUGCUGACUCUCGUCCAAAAACUGCCUCUGUGAGGGCUGCCGGUUACUCGUCUAGAGGUCGUAAAUCAAGCAAGGUCGACGGCCCUACCUCUCCAAUCAAAUCACCUAUAGAAGCUGAACGAUCGGCUGCUGAAGAAAUGAUUCACAGCAUGGAGAAACAGAUAUCCGGGACAAUAGACUCUUCUGCUCUUGCUGCUGCUGAAGGGCGACUGGAAACCGCAUUAGAACUAGCUAUUGACGCGUCAAAACGUGAAAAGUUAUUGGCCAAAGCACGAGAACAAGUUAUAACACCGGCAUCACCACCAUCACCAACAGAUUUGGCAAAUCCAGAUCUAACAUUCUGUGUAUUGCUGAAUCUGGCUGCUAGACAAUCCGGUAGUGGAUUGCUGAAUGAGGCGUUAAACACGUAUAAUACGGUUGUCAAGAACAAGGUGUUUGCACAAGCUGGUAGGUUACGUGCCAACAUUGGAAACAUUUACUUUCAGCAAGGAAAGUAUCUGCAGGCCAUCAAAAUGUAUCGGAUGGCGCUAGAUCAACUGCCAGCUACCAACCAGCAAGUCAGGUUGAAGAUUAUGAGGAAUAUUGGCAAUGCUUUCGUCAAGGUUGGCCAAUUUCAAGACGCAAUAACAUCCUUUGAAGCUGUCAUGGACGCGUCGCCCGAGCCACAUACAGGAUUCAACUUGAUUUUAUGCUAUUUCGCACUUGGUGAUUCCGAUCGCAUGAGACGAGGAUUUCAGAGACUUUUGAAUGUCAAACAAGAUUCGAUGGACGAGGGAGGAGAUCAGGCAUCAGACAGUGAUAAUGGGAUUGCUGAUGAUCCAUUGACGCUGUUAAUACGACAAAAGAAACAAGCAGCAGACAAUUACAUUUUACUCGCUGCUAGACUCGUAGCACCUGCUGUUGGUGAUGAUCAGUCGUCUGGAUAUGAUUGGGUUGUGGAAUCUCUAAAAUCAUCGCCUCAUAUUGAAUUGGCUCGUGAAUUGGAAAUCGCUAAAGCCAUACAGUUCUUGAGAAGGAAGGAUUUCGCUCAGGCCAUUGAAACCUUUCGAUCCUUCGAGAAACGUGAUGCCAAGUUGGCUGGCACAGCUAGCGCGAACCUGUCCUUCUUGUACUUUUUGGAAGGUGAUAUCAAGAGUGCUGAAAAAUAUGCAGAAAUGGCUCUAGCCAGUGAUCGAUACAAUUCCAAAGUGCACAAUAAUAGAGGAAAUUGUUACUUCGCGAAGGGCGAAUAUGACAUGGCCAAGAUGCAAUACACUGAGGCCAUUGGUGUUGACGCUCUGUGCCUAGAAGCUAUGUUCAACUUGGCGCUCACAUGUAGACGUUUAAAUUUGGACGAAGAGGCACUUCAAUGGUUUGACAAGCUACAGACUCUCAUGCACAACAAUGCAGAGAUUCUUUAUCAUAUCGCUGACAUAUACGACAAGAGAGGAAAUGUUGGACAGGCAUUUGAACAACUAAAUGUUGUCAUAUCUGUAAUUCCUACAGAUCCAGGCGUUCUUGCGAAGAUGGCUGAAGCUUGUGAUCGGGAGAAUGAGGGUGGCCAAGCGUACCAUUACUAUCUUGAAUCUUAUAGGUAUGCACCAUCUAAAUUUGAUGUCGUGCAAUGGCUAGGAGACCAUUAUACUCGAGAAGAAAUGUAUGACCAAGCACUACGAGUAUACAAGACUGCUGCCGUCAUUGCUCCAUUGGAUGUGCGAUGGCCAAUGGCUAUUGCUCGAUGCAUGCGUACCAAGGGUGAUUACCAAAGUGCUCUUGACGUGUAUCGGCGAAUUCAUUCUCGAUACCCCGAGAAUGUUGAAUGCCUACAGAAUCUGGUCCGGAUCUGUACAGAUCUACGCUUAAAAGAUGCACACGACUACUCAGUGAAACUGAAGGCCGUUACGAGGGAUCAGGACGUUCCAUUGCUGACUGACGAUCGUCCCACGGCUCGUAAAGUGUCUAAAGGGGCUGUUGAAAGGCCUGAUGUUUAUAUGGAAGCUGAAGAAUCAUACAAGACGACAGAAUCGUACCCGACUAUGAGCAAAUCACCUGUACAUAAUGCUCCUAUAGAAUGGGAGGAUGAUGUUGGAGGAUUGUUGCCAGACUAA